GUGAUUACGUCAUCAAGCUGACGUAUUACGUCAGAUUUCUGCGCCGGGAGCUUGAACAGCGAUGGCGGUGGCUCAGCCUGCGCUCGAGAAAGAAAGCGAGGAUUGCUCUUUGUUGCCUUUAGUCCACGAUAUUAUAAAAUGCAUGGACAAAGACAGCCAGGAUGUGCACCAGGAGCUGGCUAAACUGAAGGCGAAGAUCCAGGAGGCUCGGGAGCAGAUCUCCAACAUGCCCGGGAUCGACAGCAGUCCGCAGGAGCAGCAGCAGCAGCUGGCCACGCUCCGGGAGCAGGUCCGCACCAAGAACCAGCUGCUCCACAAAUACAAAGGACUGUGCAUGUUUGAUGUGCCAAAAGCAUCCUGAGACUCGGUACUGGAUUACUGCACGGACAGCACGAAGAAAAGAGAGCGUGAAGACGCAGCGUUUUGUUAUCCACCCUUUAAACACAUGGACACUAUGGGUGUUUGAAUAAAGACGUGUUUUCAUUUGUAUUAUUGAGUAACUUGUGUUCAAAUUCCCCCUACUGUUAAUACAUUGGCACACCGUGAAUGUUAUGUCUCAUCUCCUUUUUUAUUAUCUUGUAAUAUUCCUUAUUUGUAAUUAAAUAACUUGUUUAAAAAAAAACCUCCCCUAGCAUUUCUUCU